AUGGAGCCCCGAUGGGCCAAGGAGACCUGCAGGGAGCUCCUGUGUUGCAACCGGUGCCACUUUCGAUGUCCAGGAGCACAAGUGUCCAGCCCAAAUGAAGAGCAGGCGGCUGUCAAUUUUCUGGAUGGAUCGUGCCUGGAGAAAGUGUCCGAGCCGGUGCCCAUCUCACCUGUGCAGAAGAAGAGAAACGGCUGGUCCUUUGUGCAGCUUUUGGACCAGCGGUUGCUUUGUCCACACCUUUUCUCUUGGACCUCACUUGUAGAUGCUGUGCAAGCGCGCACAGCCUGCACAUGUUGGCACAGACUGUCUGCAGAACAAAGAUGGCUGGAGCUGUGUGUGCUCAAUGGUGGGGUGGUGAGACAGCAGCGCUUGAAAUUGUGGAGGCAGCUGACUGCAGUUGAAGCCCUUGAAGCCGGCUGGUGCCGGAAGCUGGGCGUCCAAAGCUCGGAAGACGCCUUCAAUGCCCUCCUUCAGCAGCCGCUGUCCCAAUCGAAGAUCUCAGAAAUUGAACGCGAUGUUCAUCGGACAUAUCCAACCCACGAACGUUUCUGUGGAGAGGAAGGUGCCGUGGGUCGACGUGAGCUGUCGCAGGUAUUGCAGGCAGUUGUCGUGGCAGAGCCCAACGUCGGCUACUGCCAGGGCAUGAACUUUGUGGCAGCUACCCUGUUGAUACAUGCAGAUUCCAUUCAGGAGGCUUUUUGGCUGCUCCUCGCGCUAUUGGAAGGAUAUCACUUCCGCUACGUGUUUGCUCCAGGGGUUCCACUGGUGCCGCUGCGGGUUUCCCAGUUCUCCGGCUUGGUGCAAAGAAACCUGCCACAUCUCUGGCGACACUUGCGGGAGGAUGGACAUAGCUUGGAAAUAUUCGCACAUCAAUGUGUGUUGACGCUUUUCUCCUACAGCUUGGGGCCCGACUUGCUGGCGCAUGUUUACGACGUCUUCUUCCUGCUGGGAUGGAAGGCGGUUUUUCGGAUAGGUGUCAGCCUACUGGCAACCUUGGAAGAUCAGUUGUUGAACAUGGACCUUGAAGAUAUCUCUCACUAUUUGCAUCAGUGCAAGCGACAUUUGAAACUUGGGUCUGGCCCUGUUGCCAUUCGAACCUUGCUGCGCUUCGAGGUUUCGUCAAGCAGCCUGGAAGAGUUGGAGUCUGCCUUCCAACUUGAGCGCUUCAAGGCUCCGGAAAUCAGAUGUGGAUCCUGGUCAGAGUCAUCCACUCUGAAUUUGGAUUUGUUAGCCUCUGAGCCUCAGCCAAGGUACAAUAGCUCAGAAGCGUACAGCUCCAUUACUUCUGCCUUGAAAGCAGGAUUUAGCAUGGUUGAUACAGCGUUGGACUACCACAAUCAGGAUGGUGUCGGCAAGGCUAUUGCAGAUUCUGGUCACCCUCGCGAAUCGAUUUUUGUUGAAACCAAAGUGCCUGGCUGCGGCUUGGAUCCGUCCAUGAAAAACGUGUUUGAUUGCUAUGCUGGCACCAAGAAAGACCUCGAAACUGAUUUGAAGUUGCUGAAUCUCUCUUAUGUGGACCUGGUGAUUGUGCACUUUCCACCCAUUUCCUCAAUGAUCACACGGUCUUGCAACAACUGGUCUGGAGGGUGCCAGAUGGUCAGGGCCCAGUGGAAGGCAAUGACCGAAUUUUACACCGAGGGCAAGGCCCGAGCCAUUGGCGUGUCGAACUACUGCCCCAGCUGCUACCAGUGCCUGGAGGCCAUGGACAACUUGACGAUGCCCAUGGUCAACCAGGUGCAGUUUCACUUGGGCAUGGGCACCGAUCCGAGCGGCUUUGUCUCCUACCACAGAGCCAAGGGUAUCCAGCUGCAAGCAUAUUCAGUCUUGGCGAAUUCCGUGACCCACCACGCUAGUUCAGAGAUCGUCAGCGGGAACCUCACCACCAGCAUUGGAAAGGCUCACAACAAAUCUGCGGUGCAGGUGGCCCUGAAGUGGGUUGUCUCCCAAGGCAUUCCAGCAGUCACGAAGUCAUCCAAUUUCGAUCAUUUGCAGCAAGACCUGGACCUUUUCUCCUGGAAUUUCACGGCCCAGGAGAAGCAACUGCUGGACGCACAUUCUACGCCAAAAGGAUCCCCAUCUUUCGCUUGUGCACGUGGUGAAGCGGCCGAGGUCCUCGUUUGA